UCCUUUGUUGAGGCGGAGAAGGGCCGACCACGACUUAACUCGGCACCGGCCGGCAAACCUGGUGCCGAGCUGUUGAAAAAAAGUUUUGUUCUGGCCACUCAAAACUCUUCGACCAGUAAACUUGAGACUGCGGAAAAAGAAACUAAAAAAACCUCACUUGGUUUUGGUUUUCCAGCAAGUACAACUUGUAAACAUAGCGGUGAUUUACUUAGUAACAAAUCUGUUUUAAAAUCUACUGAAAAGGCAGCUGCUAAGGGAUUAACUAUGCAUGGAACUGGUCCCUCGUACCUUAACAACAAAGGGAAAAAAGUGAAGUUUUUUAUUGAACAAGAGGGAGAUACUUUGCAAGCUGCCAUGGUGGGUGGAUUACCAGCUGACAAAGAUCUGGUAGCUAACUGUGAUAUGACAAAAAAUAAAUCAAAUUCUUCAUCUUUUUUUAAAGAUAGGAAUUUUAGCUCAGAUCCAGAUUUAAGAAAAGUUUCUUCAGGAAAUGACCCUGCAGUUGAUUCUGUGUUGCUCAGACCUCGGAAAACCUUACUACCUGUAAGUGAUGCGGACAAGUUUGAAUCAGGAUUUAAUAUUUCCCCCCGUGGCUAUUACUGCGACCCAACAAGUUCUCAAGAAAAAUCUCAUCUACGUCACGUAUCACCUUUCACUCAAGGCUCAAAAUCUGCCGCGGAAUGUACACCUUUCGACAGACUAGGCGCGCUACACACCAGUAUUAGGAACUCUGUUUUCCAGGACCACUGCAUACACUGUCGCUGUCAAUCUCAGAAGUCAUCCAGGUCUCUCUACCCGAGCCUACAGCGCAACUCCAGUGAGCUGUGCUACUGUGAGGAGUGUGAUGUAUUCUCACCACUGUGGGAGUGGACUUACCCCAACUCUGACGAGCUCUACUUUGAUUGCCUGGAACCAGGUGAUUACACUGCUAAGACUGCUGACGAAAGCAUAUCAAGGAAUUCAUCUUCAUCGUCAUUCAAAUCAAUCCCCCAGUCCCCUGAGCCCUCAGCGAUGGCCUCCCCUGAAUAUGUGACCCCGUUGUUGUCGGCAUCAUAUCUACCGGCAACUUCAACCAUGUUUACGUUCUGCGUCACUUCGCCACCCAGUAGUUACAUGGCACCAUCAUCACCCUCUUCAACCCACAGCUCAAGUAAACAGCCUCCGUCAAUGCCAGUUGUUACCCUCUUCAACCACUCUGUCAACUUUUGGCACAUGGAAAUUGACUAAAACUAGAUGAAAAGUAGAGGUUACGUUGAUUUCUCCUACCUCUAAUUAAACCACCCAUGAAAACAUGUAUUAAUCCACAUUUAUGUUAUUAGCAUAAUUAUUGACCAUUGAAGCUCAUUGUUUCUGUAUAUGUGUAUAUUUAUUUAUGGGCUCGGUUUUUUUUAAACAGUUCAUAAUUUUGACAGUGGUGUGGGCCAAAAAUUAAGUUUUUAUUCAGAAAUUAGGCUUAGCGGUAGAAAGUUGAACAAAAUAGAAACCCUAUUAGUAUUGUUUUUUAAGAGGGGGGGGGGGGGGGUUAUAACUUUCAUCUUGUUUGUUGCUAUAGACAUGAAUUUUAUAACACAUGAUCAGUAUUACUCAGUAAAAUAUCUUAGUCAGCUUUUAACCCAAGUUUAAAGUAAUUGUCUCUAUAAAAUGUCCCGGUAUGUCUUGUAUUAAUUUAUCUUUAAGCAGGGAGUGUGCUAAACAUGAAUUAGUUUAUUUAAAUAAUGUAGAUAAAUAUAACCAGUAAUUGUUGCUUUGAAUAUCAUUCUGUUUCUUUUGUUUAUUUGACAAAAGCCUUCAGAAAUUGCACCAGUUAUUGCAUUACUUUAUUUUUCAGUUGUUUUAUUAUGCCUGUUUUUUGUUCUGCUUAGCUUUGCAGCUUUUUACAUAUUAUUUGUUACAUAGUCCUAGCAGUAAACUUGUUACAUUUAUUGUUCUACAAGGUUAACAUUGUUCUAGCUUUAAUUACAUCAGAUAACUUUGCUCUUUAACACUAAAUAUAUAAGUUAUUGGAAGUGUUUCUCCAGCUGUUUCUAUAGCUUUUUAAGGACUGGAUUCUUUUAAAUGCUGGUUUUAAUUAAGAAAAGAAAAUAUUCACCAUCUAUAUUUUAAAACCCAAAAGAAUUGAAAGUUUAUUUUAGUGUAAAUACUCAUUUAAAAGUUGUUUUUUUAAAUUACUUAAAUGGCUUGGGUCAUUUUAACUUUUUUAAAACAAACUGUUAAUUUAAAUUUUUCUUCAUAUCAAAUAUGUUACAUAUUGUGUUUUUAAAAAAAAAUCUAGCUCAUUUCAAAACCAGUUAUUCCCGGUUAAAGUUAUCAAGUGCUAGAUCUAUAUUGUGCUAGAGAAGCUAACUUAAAAGUUAUUUGUCCACAUGCACUGAAAACUCUUUCAUGUCAACAUAAUUUUUUUUAUUAUUCAGACCCUUAGCUCUACUGCUUGUUGUUAUGUUUUCUGCAGAAAGAGUACAUUGAUCUUGAAACAAACAAAAAAACUUGUGAUAUCUUUUAUUCAACACCGGUGCCAAAAAGCUUCUUUUACUUAAUUGGAAGAACUUUUAUUAGCCACAUAAAUUGUGGCCCCUCCAAGUUUUGUCACUUAGUAUCUAUGAUUUAUUUUUAGUUUAUCAUUCUGUAAAGAUUUAAAAGGCUGGUUUUGAUAAUAAAAACGGUCCCUAAGUUAUCAUUUUACUGUAAACUAUCCAAAAAUGUGAUUCUGAGAAAUUUCUACUUCAUUAUCUGGUAUCUUUAUAUCUAUUUUUUCAGUUUUCUAUUUUUAAAAGAUGAUUAAAAAUCAUUUUUAGUUUUUAAAAAAAAUCUGAAAAGAAAGGAAACUAACUGCGAAUAUGUUCAUAUAUGAGUUAAAUAAAUUUGAAACAUCUAAAACCCAAAUAUCAACAUCAUUUUUGGCUUAGCUCAAAAUAGCUCGAGGUGCAGAACAACUCAUCUCAUUGUGGAGGGUGAUAAAUCUAUUUCAAGCUGUAAUAUAAAAAUAAUUUUGUAUUUUAAUUUAUUUUAUGACUAAUGUUUAUACUACAUUUUAUAAUUUUUCAAACUAGAAAACAAUGGUGAAAUACAUUUGUUUAAAAUUACAGCAAAUAAGAUUGUUUAUUUUGAACUUUUAAAAACUUAUUCUAUCAACUAAUUUCAUAAUUGUUUUCUGGUAGUAAAUGUUUCUGAUUUGUAGUGCAGUAGUGUGAAUAGUUUCUUCUUUAAUUAUUUAUGUUAGUUCUGCUAGUUGCAAAAAAAAAAAAUGCUUACACAUAGCCCACCUUGCUGUUUGGUUAACCAGGUAACCACCACAACCAUGUAUAACUUACCAACGCUUUAACCAUCCCCCCCCCAACCCCCCAAGGAUGAUUACGCUCAAUGGCAGCUGUAUAUUUAGCUUAUCAUGACCUGGUGUUGUUUCUGCAACUACCUGACAUCGCUGAUGCAGCUGGCAGUAAAUCACACCUGUGUUGUCUAUAUCUAAUCUGCUGCUUGAACUUAUUGAAUUUUAUUUGUUGUAAAUUAAGAAUGCUUUACAUAUUGUAACUUGUAUAAAAAAACAUAGCAUAUUUAGUAAAUUAACAUACCAACAGUCAUGUAAAUUUGUGUAUACGCUAUAAAUAGUUUUUAAUGUCAAAAGAUGUCUAUAUUUACUGUCAAUGAGACUAAUAAACCUUCCUUUUAUUGAUAAACAAAAACAUGCAUUUAAAAAAAGAUAUCCUUUACUUUCUAUAAAGAAGGUGCAACUUAGGUAUAACUUCAGGUCUAACUUACAGAUUAUCUAGUAAAAAUAUUCUGUGUCUCACACCCAUUUAAUUUUCUAAUCAUUCCAAAACCAUGAAGCAUUUUUACUUUCAUUUCUCAAUGGCGUAAAGCUCAUUUUUUAAUUCAUUUUUAUUACUUGUCCUUACAAAGGCAACUAUUUUAAUUACUACAUAGGUUGUUUGUUUUUUAUAAUUGUACAAAUUCAUUGGUCAAUUAUUUUUUUAUUUAGUCAUUCUUCAUUUAAAAUGUUCUGACAAAUAUGAAUGAGUAUAUUUAUAAAUAUUGUUACAAAUUCUUUAACUUUUUGUAGUGUUAUCAGAUGUUUAAUUGUAUUUAACACCUGAAUAAUAAAGGGACUGCUAAACCAAAACAUGUGACUUUGGUUUCCAGACUCAAGGUAAUAAAAACUUUCAGCUAUAGAGGGGAACGUAAGACAGGUUUUAAAGAGAGAAAUUUUACUGGGCGUAAAAGAAAAUAAGCUGUGAUACAUAUGACGUUAAAUUAAAAACAAAUGGCAUAGCUUUAAAAUGUUUCAUAUUGUAAAUUGUGAUGAAUGGGCAAUGAGUCAAUAUUUCAGUUAUAUGUAUGUAUCAAUACUAAUUUUACUAUGAUACACUUUUAUUCAUAGCUGGUUAUAUUUGUUUAUUGUAGAAAAAAACUGUUAGAAUAAUUCAAGUAUAGGUUGAAGUCAAAAAGCCCAUAUGACCAAUUACCAAACAUUCCUAAAUAUUUUUUUGUAAAAUAUUUGACUCGUGGUUUGUUAAAAAUAUGAAUUUGUCAUUUUGUUAUACCUCAUCAUUAUAUAAUUCCACCAUCAGUUAAUUACCUACUUUUUUGUUUGUCCUCAGUAAGGGCAGGGUUUCAACCCUUUUCUUUAAUUAUGCUAAACUUGAUUCAUUCUUCUAUGUUAGGAGUGUAAUUUCCAGUGUUGUUCUUUAUUUACUGGAUUAUGCUAAAUUCUAUUAUUUCUGCUGUGUAGGUUUUUGGUUGUGGUAGUCAUUUGGUUUUUAUUUGAUGGUCAGCAUUUGGUCAUUAUUUGGUGGUCAUAAUUUGGUUGUCACUAUAUUAAAACAUUUUUUCUUUCUCUUAUUCAGGGUAAAGAACUGUAGGUUUUAGACAUUGUUUACGGGUCGGCCUUAGAAUAUGUUACAUAUAUUGAUAUAAAUGCUCUUUGAAUUUACCAUAUGUUAGUCAUGGUUUUUUAUUAUUAGUAUAAUGUUAAGGAACUUGCAAAUCUUAGAAUAAAUGCAAUACAAACUUUGCUUUACCUUGAAUGUGUGUUAUUUUAAUAUUUGUUUUAACUAAUGUAGUAAAAUAAACAGCUUAAUUUCAUUAAGCAGAUUAUAAUUAUUUUAAAAUAUAAUGUCUUUCAGUUAGAAAGAUAGAGAUUUAGGGAAAAAAAUAAUUUUCAUGUAUUUUGUACAUAAUGAAACAUGUGUAUAGAUUUGUCUCCCUUAAAAUGUUACCAUGAGUGUCACCAGUGAUUAUGCCAAGCCAUCUCAAUUCAUGAAAAUCUGUCUCAACAUUGAUUCUGUGCUGCAUCAGCACUAAUCUGUGUGUUGAUGUCAUCAUCUCAUUAGCUUGUAUCAAUAUUAUAAGAAAAUUGAAUUUCUUUUAUGAUGAAUAAAGUUAAAAAUAGAACUGAUUUUUGUUGUGCUGUUUAAUUACUGUAAACUACCUAUUUCAAACUUUAUGGGGCAGGUGUAAGUAGAGUUCACCUGUUUCAGCGAAGGGAUCGUUUGGUCAACACUAUGCCCAGCUUCCUUUACUUUUCUUGAUGUUAGGUACCCAUCGGAGCUGGGUGGACUCAGCAGUGAUGUUAUAAAAGGCAACAAAUUUUUAAAAAGUACCUUUUGGUUUUUAAAUUUAAUAUAGCAAUAAAAUAAGUUUAAAUAAAUUUUCAAUUUCUGUUUUUCAAUCAAAUAAGAGUUAAUGUUACAACAGCAUAACACAUUAAAGCUGAUUUUAGUUUCUUUUUAACAACCUGAUUUAUUAAGCAAAAACAAUGUAUAUGAUUCCAGCAAUGUGGAGCAUAUUUUUAUAACAGCAGAUGCAUAAUAGGCCCUACAUAAAUAUUUUUGUAUGUGAAAUUAAUACUUAAAAUAAAAAGUUUAUCAAUGUUUAAAAAAUCUAUAAUUCUAGUUCAUAAACAACGAAGUGGAAUCUUAUGAGCAAGUUUUGUGAG